CCACCAUCCGCUCUCUCUCCCCCCCGCCCCACUCCUCCCCUCGCCCCACACUCGUAGCUUCCACCAUGUAUUUUGUACCAGUUCAUUUGAUCUUGCUACUGGUUCUCAUCUUUCUCUUCAAUUCCAUACACAAAAUCAUCUGGGUCCCACUUAGAGUACAACAUCACUUCAGGAAACAAGGUAUAGGAGGCCCCAGCUACCGUCUGAUCUUCGGAAACACAGCCGAGAUCAGACGGCACAUGAUCGCCAUAGCCGAGUCAAGGCCAAUCUCUUUCAACCACGAUAUAGUUCACAGAGUGAUGCCCCACUACUACAACUGGUCAACGGUGUAUGGCAAGACGUUCCUGUAUUGGUUCGGGCCAAAGCCGAGGUUGGCCAUAGCCGAACCUGACAUGAUCAAAGAGGUUUUGCUCAAUACCUGUGGUUCGUUUGAGAAGGUUAAGUUCAACCCUUUGUCUAAGCUGCUCUUCGGAGAGGGACUUGUUGGCUUGACAGGUGAGAAGUGGGCUGUUCAUAGAAGGAUCACUAACCUGGCCUUCAACAUGGAGAAAGUUAAGGGUUGGAUGCCAGAAAUUGUGGAAAGUACUGUAAAGAUGUUGGAUAAAUGGGAGGAAGAAAGAGGAGGCAGAGACGAAAUGGAGGUGGAGGUGCACAAAGAGCUUCAUAACCUCUCAGCAGACGUAAUAUCCCGAACAGCUUUUGGGAGCAGUUUUGAAGAGGGUAAGCGCAUUUUUCAAUUGCAAGAACAGCAAGCCAGCCUCGUCUUACAGGCGCUACGAAGCGUUUACAUUCCUGGAUUCAGGUUUUUGCCCACUAAGAAGAAUAGAAUGAGGUGGAGACUAGACAAGGACACUCGAGAAUCGAUAAGGAUGCUGACUGAGAUUAGCAGCAAAACAGGAUAUGAUUCAAAGGAAGAUUCAAAAAACCUAAUUACUUUGUUACUGUCUGCCUAUAAGAAUCAAGAAGGGGAAGAAGAAAGAUUAAGUAUAGAGGAAAUCAUAGGCGAAUGCAAGACAUUCUAUUUUGCAGGAAAGGAAACAACUGCUAAUCUUCUGACUUGGGCAUUUCUCCUCCUAGCAUUGCAUCAGGAAUGGCAGACCAAGGCACGAGAAGAAGUCGUUUGUGUCUGCAGAGAAAAUAAGGUUCCUACUUCUGAGAGUUUAAUUGACUUGAAAAUUGUGAACAUGGUACUCAAGGAAACACUUCGACUCUACCCUCCAGCAGUGAUGUUGAUGAGGCAAACCUGUAAAAAUGUGAAGCUAGGGAGUCUUGACAUUCCAGCUGACACGCAAUUAUAUUUGGCGAUGACUAGUAUCCAUCACGAUGCUGAGAUUUGGGGAGACGAUGCAAAUGAGUUCAAUCCAAUGAGAUUUGCUGAGCCUCGACAGCAUUUAGCCUCAUUUUUUCCAUUCGGAUUAGGCCCCAGAAUCUGUGUGGGUCAAAAUUUGGCCAUGGUUGAGGCGAAAAUCAUCCUAGCUAUGAUCAUCAAGCAUUAUUCUUUUGUAGUAUCACCUUCUUAUGUUCAUGCCCCAAUGCAGGCUAUGACAAUGCAACCUCAGUAUGGUGCCCAAAUCAUCUUCAGAAGGAUUUUGUAUUGAAGAGUUGGUGGAAAUGCUGAUGGUGCUUUUGCUUGUAUAUGUGUAGAAAUGUUUUGUAGUUUGUGUAACAUCCCAGACAAGGUAAACUAGAGAACACU